AUGGCGUGCGUUCGCAGUGUGCGCGAGCCCUUCGACGUGCACACCGGAGUGUGGCUCCGGCUGGAGGAGCUGGCAGAGUGCGGGGUGGAGGCCACCGUCCCCGGCGGUUGUGGGAUUGAGUCCUGGCCAACUGGGUACAUGGAAAACUCGGUCUCCUACAGCGCUAUUGAAGACGUUCAGCUGCUGUCCUGGGAGAAUGCCCCGAAGUACUGUUUACAGCUCACAAUCCCUGGGGGAACAGUCUUACUGCAGGCUGCCAACAGCUACCUGAGAGACCAGUGGUUCCAUUCGCUGCAGUGGAAGAAAAAGAUUUACAAAUAUAAGAAAGUUCUGAGUAACCCAAGCCGUUGGGAAGUUGUCUUGAAGGAGAUCCGAACUCUGGUGGACAUGGCCCUGACAUCCCCCCUGCAGGAUGACUCCAUCAACCAAGCCCCACUGGAAAUCGUCUCAAAACUGCUCUCAGAGAACACAAACUUGACUACCCAGGAGCAUGAGAACAUCAUUGUGGCGAUUGCUCCUUUGCUGGAAAACAACCAUCCACCGCCAGAUCUCUGUGAAUUCUUUUGCAAGCACUGCAGAGAGCGGCCCCGGUCCAUGGUGGUCAUCGAAGUGUUCACGCCCGUGGUCCAGAGAAUCCUCAAGCAUAACAUGGACUUCGGGAAGUGCCCCCGACUGAGGCUGUUUACUCAGGAGUACAUCCUUGCCUUGAACGAGCUCAACGCGGGGAUGGAGGUGGUGAAGAAGUUCAUCCAGAGCAUGCACGGCCCCACGGGGCACUGCCCCCACCCCCGGGUCCUGCCCAACCUGGUGGCCGUGUGCCUGGCUGCCAUCUACUCCUGCUAUGAAGAGUUCAUCAACAGCCGUGACAACUCCCCCAGCCUGAAGGAGAUCCGGAACGGCUGCCAGCAGCCCUGUGACCGGAAGCCCACCUUACCUCUGCGCCUUCUGCACCCCAGCCCGGACCUGGUGUCUCAGGAAGCCACGCUGUCCGAGGCGCGGCUCAAGUCCGUGGUCGUGGCCUCCAGCGAGAUCCACGUGGAGGUGGAACACACCAGCACUGCCAAGCCGGCACUGACGGCCAGCGCGGGCAAUGACAGCGAGCCCAACCUCAUCGACUGCCUCAUGGUCAGCCCUGCCUGCAGCACCAUGAGCAUCGAACUGGGUCCCCAGGCCGACCGCACGCUCGGCUGCUACGUGGAAAUCCUCAAGCUGCUGUCGGACUACGAUGACUGGAGACCGUCUCUGGCCAGCUUGCUUCAACCCAUUCCGUUCCCCAAAGAAGCCCUCGCACACGAAAAGUUCACCAAAGCUGAUGGGGAACGGCUAGUGUUCCCCAGUUUACAGAUGCCACGGUUUUUCCCAACAGGCCUUCUGUGGAAUUCAGUACACUCAUGCCUGCUGAGCGUGCGGGCCGGCAAAGACGGCUGGUUUCAGCUGUACAGUCCCGGAGGGGUGGCCUGUGAUGAUGACGGGGAGCUGUUCGCCAGCAUGGUGCACAUCCUCAUGGGCUCCUGUUACAAGACCAAAAAAUUCCUGCUCUCCCUGGCGGAAAACAAGCUGGGACCCUGCAUGCUCCUGGCGCUGAGGGGGAACCAGACCAUGGUGGAGAUCUUGUGCCUCAUGCUGGAGUACAACAUCAUCGACAACAACGACACCCAGCUGCAGAUCAUCUCAACCCUGGAGAGCACGGGCGUGGGCAAGCGCAUGUACGAGCAGCUGUGCGAUCGGCAGCGAGAGCUGAAGGAGCUGCAAAGGAAAGGCGGGCCCACCAGGCUAACACUGCCCUCCAAGUCCACGGAUGCCGACUUGGCUCGUCUGCUGAGCUCCGGCUCUUUCGGAAACCUGGAGAACCUCAGUCUGGCCUUCACCAACGUGACCAGCGCCUGCGCUGAGCACCUCAUCAAACUGCCUUCUCUCAAGCAGCUGAACCUGUGGUCCACUCAGUUUGGAGACGCCGGCCUGCGGCUCCUGUCGGAACACCUCACCAUGCUCCAGGUGCUGAACCUGUGUGAGACGCCUGUGACCGACGCGGGCCUGCUGGCCCUCAGCUCCAUGAAGAGUCUUUGCAGCUUAAACAUGAACAGCACCAAGCUCUCGGCUGACACCUAUGAAGAUCUGAAGGCCAAGCUUCCCAACUUGAAGGAAGUGGACGUCCGCUACACGGAAGCCUGGUGA